AAAAGAAGAAACACAAGCGCCAUGGAGUCUCCGAAGGUGCCUCGAAGUCCAUCCAGGUCACCAAAGCGGACCGCCAGUGCCAAGGGACGUCCCAGUUCUCGCCACGCGAGCGGGAAGCAGUCCCCCAGGAGCCCUGGACGGGGAUCCCGGAAAAGCCCUGCGAAGCCUGGACCGAGACAGCAGGCCGGGCGAGCUGGCACGGACCAGACACGGACUGGUCCCCCAGAAAUCCCAGAAGGCAGCCUCGCAGACCGUCCCACUCCCGGAAAGGGAAAGGCUGUCCUCCCUGAACUGUCUGCGGAGUCGUUGCCGAAGGUGGUGCUCGGAAACGAGGCUAGCAAUUCCUCGCCGGCACGGACUUCUAAAACAGCGUCGCCAUCACGUGACAUUCCGUCAAGGUCCACUGGGCUGACGGCAGAGCAGUCACCCUCUUCGACCGUCCGUCCUCCGUCAUCUUCGCGAACCAUCGGCGCUGGCACGGGCACUCGCUCCCUUGCAACUGUGCCGCCGGCGACCACGAGCACGCGGCAGGUCUCGUCCUCUCAGACGCCGCGUUCACAGGGGCGGACGUCACCGCCGGGUCGCCCUUUACGGCGAGAGACACCUGCCCAGCAGGAUCUGCAAGGCAGGAGAACGCUGCUUGCGCCUUGGCGAGGACGAACAACCGCUUUGCCGCUCCCAGGAGGCACGCGACUGCCUGCCAAGCCUGGCGUCAGGGGGCCAGGUUAUCUACCAGGUAGCGCGGGUACCGGAAAUCCUCGUUUGCGUCCUCAGAUCGCCAGAGGCCGGAUUUUCAGGGCUUUCCCAGCAUCAACACCGGAGUCAUCCGUGCCCUCGUACGCCAUCGAAAAGUCUUACCGGUGCGCCGCACUCGUGACUUUUGCGGGCGUCGUCAUUACCGUCUUGUGCAUAUUCGCCUACGUGCUCUUCUCCAAACCGGCGCGCGAGACGAGCGUACUGGACAGCCUGUUCUGCCGCACCGAGGACUGCGGAAUGCAGGCGGACAUACUCGAGCGCUGGCUGAACACGAGCGUCGACCCGUGCCACGAUUUCUACGGCUACAUAUGCUCCAAGUGGGUCGGUGCUCAUGGCGGAAGGCAGACCACAGGGGCGCUGGGCUACGGCUUGAAGAAAUGGGCGGAAGGCUUCGAGGUCAAACUGCGCAGAGCAAUUCCGUACCUAAACACUGCCGGCCGAGUCUUCGACGUCUUCACGAAGUGCAUGGCCGACGUUUCGAAAGCCGAGUCGCGCCAAGGCGUCGAGCAGCUGAAGGAAUUCAUGCGCGAGCUCAGAGUGCCUUGGCCCGAAGCGCCGUCGGCCGGAGUGGACCCUCUGGAAGUCGUUCUGGACCUUUCGCUCAACUGGCGCGUGGGUCCGUGGUUCGACGUCACCGUGUUGCAGGACGGCGACGGUAUGGCCAACGCUGUCUUGAGACCUGCCAGUCUCUUCUGGGUGUGGUCUUCCAUCGAACGAGAAGUCGAGGCUUCGGCGGCACACGCCACCAUCUGGAACGGCCUCUACCAGGAGUUUGCACCGGACCAGCCGCAGCGACCGCAAGCCGAGGUAGACCAGAUCGUGCGAACACACGCAGACAUCAACGAAGAGUUGGGCCGCGUGGUCAAAGCAAGGCUCGCGGCACCGCUCCAGGUUCAUAUUCGACACAUCGGAGCACACACCGUCAACGUGAGCGCGGAUCGCUGGAGAAAGGCGCUGGAGGCGUCGAGCCGCCACCCGUUCCAUCUGUCGGACAACGUCACCUUCGCCGACAAGACCCUCUUGGAAGCGGUGAACAACAUUUUCCUCCGCUACAAUGACACCUCCGUAAUGUGGCAUCUGUCCUGGACGUACAUUCAGGUCUUCUCCUCGAUCGCCGACCGGGACUUCUUGACGCACAAGCUCGGCAGCCAGACGUUGGCCCGCAGACAGCGACGUUCGUUCUGCGCGACCGAAGUGGAAGCGGCGUACCGAUGGAUCGUCGUCUCGCUGCUCGUCGCCGCCGACUUUCCGCGGGACAGUCGAGACACCAUAGACGCCUCGCUGAACAAGAUCACGCAGACCGUAGCCUCUCUGCUCGAGAACGCGACUUGGGCCGACCCUGGCUCCGGAAAGGCUCUGGGCGACAAAGUCCGAAACGUCUCGGUGACCCUCUGGCCGAGCGAAGGCCUCCUGACCGAGGAAGGGCUGUCGAAGCUCCACGCGGGCUGGUUCUCGAACGCGAGCACCUUCACCGAGAGCUGGAUCAACGCGGCCAGGAACUGGCGCAAACUCGCCACUCGGAGCGACCACGCAGAAGUCACUGAGCACCCUCUAAACAUCUUGGUGCCAUUCGUCCGGUACGACCACUUCCUCAACGCCGUCCGCGUGGCACUCGUGGCGCUGUCGCGUCCCUGGUACUACGCGAAAGGCACCAAGGCGAUGGAUUACGGCGCGCUUGGCUUCUUCUACGCGCUCCAGCUAGUCAGAAGUUUCGACAGCGUAGGAAUUCAGGUGGACCCCAACGGGAGAAUCACAGACUCGUGGCUGCCCGCCGGCACGAAGGAUGCGUUGGCGAAGAAGGCGUCGUGCCUCGGGCCCAAGUCGGACGCCUACGGCGAAUUCUUCCCGGAGAUUGUCGCCAUGGAAGCUGUGCACGCGGCGUACGAGGCGGCCACGACCGAGUACGACCGCUCGCUGAAGGUUUUCCACGCGUUCAGCGAGGACCAGCUCUUCUUCGUGGCGGCCUGCGUCACCAUUUGCGGACUUCACGACGCGGACCCCGCUCUGCGCGUCAGCUGCAACAAGGCGGUCUCUCAAAUGGCGGCUUUCGCCAACGCCUUCCGAUGCCCGGAGGGCGCCGCCAUGAAUCCGGAACGAAAGUGCGCAUUCUUCUCGUGAAUUGGGGACCGCUACCACUUCCGCUUUUCUUUUUUUUUUUAGUCUUUGUAUAAUAAUGAAUACGGACAGUUUAAUGAGACCAAUUUGGUGGGAUUUCGCUGUGUGUUUGCGUGAAUGGGCUUUAAUGUGUUGAAUAUCAGAAUGUGUUUGAUUGAACGUGUGAAAAUAAACGCCAUGCAUGUGUUGUUU